AUGAAUUACAAGUCGAUCGUUUUUCGCGAGUUUACACAAGAAUCAUUUCGUCGUAUUCAACGCUAUCGGCAAGAAGACGCUGAACGUAUUGCUGCUAAACGGUCAGAGCACCAAACAACACGUGAGGACAAUAAUAAUAAAAAUCAUUGUACGAAUAAGCCAUCUAACGAUAAACACAUUGAUCAUAAACGAAUGCCCAAUAAAGAAUUGGCCGUUGGACAAACAUUACCACGACUUUUACAAAAUAAAUUUCCAGCUGAACUUAUCGGAAAACCAAUUGAAGAAAUCGAUUCGUAUUAUCGAGCUGAAUACAUAUUUGUGGUUAUCAAUCGAAACAAUACAAUAUUUCGAUUUAGUGCAACAUCAGCUUGUUUUGUGUUUUCUCCGUUUAAUUGUUUUCGACGUUUAGCUAUCCGAAUAUUAACACACUCACUGUUCAGUGCAUUGGUUAUGAUUACUAUUCUAUCUAAUUGCGUAUUUAUGACGCUUAGAAAUGCGCCGGAAGCGACUGAAUAUGUUUUUACAAUAAUUUACUCACUUGAAGCAUUAACAAAGUGUAUUGCACGAGGAUUUAUUCUACAAGAAUACACAUUUUUACGCGACCCAUGGAAUUGGUUAGAUUUCAUUGUAAUUACACUUGCAUAUAUAACAUUUUUUGUUAAUUUGGGAAAAGUUGCCGUACUACGAACAUUUCGUGUACUGCGAGCACUAAAAACUGUUGCUGUUAUACCUGGUUUGAAAACAAUUGUAAAUGCUUUAGUACAAUCUUUUUUUUCUCUACGAGAUGUGUCGGUUUUAUCCAGUUUUAUUCUUUCAAUAUUUGCUUUGAUAGGAUUACAACUUUAUAUGGGUGCUCUGCGACAAAAAUGUGUACCGACUUAUGAAUCUUUUCUAAAUAGUUCCAACUUUUCUAGCGUUGGAUUUAAUAGAUCAUAUGAAUUCUACGUGAAAGAAAUGUAUAUUGAAACUUAUUGGUAUCAAAAAAAUGAAGUUUAUGUUCUUUGUGGUAAUGCAACCGGAAGUGUAAAAUGUCCUUAUGGUUAUGUUUGUUGGAAAGAUCGAGGGAUGAAUCCUAAUUUUGGAUAUACAAGUUUUGAUAAUUAUGGCUGGGCAAUGCUCUCCUGCUUUCGACUAAUGACACAAGAUUAUUGGGAAAAUCUUUAUCUAUUAGUGUUGUCAGCAUCUGGUCGUUAUCAUUUUUUAUAUUUUCUUGCUAUUAUAUUUUUUGGUUCAUUUUAUUUGAUUAAUUUAAUCUUAGCUAUCGUUUCGAUGUCUUAUCUUGGACAGCAGACAUUAGUUGAAGCGGAAAAUGAAGAACGUGAAAGACGUAAAAUUCAAGAUGAUAUCGAUUUAGAAAACGAAGAAGUACAAAAAGCAUUAGAAGCUCAUGUGCUUUUACAUGCUGAAACUGCGCUGGGUGGUGAAGAUGCAAAUUGUAGAAUUUCAUAUUCUGGUAUUUCUAUCGAAUGUGAACAAAAUGAAACUAAACAUGAAUCAAAUAGCAUAGGAUCAUUGCAAGCAUCGCCGUCACUGUUUCAAUUCGAUAGGUCAAGUUUAACCGUGCCCUAUGUCACAGCAAACGGCGCAACGAGAAUACCAUUUUUUGAUGAAACACAGCAAAAUUCACCAAAUGAAGACAGAAAAAGUCAACAAACAAACAGCAUUUCUUGUUUCCCGGAAAUAAAUCAAAAUGAUGGCGAUUUGAGUAUUACACUCUACCAAGACAAACCUCCUAUGGUAUGUGCACCAAUGAAUAAAUUAUUAGCUGUUCCAGAAUUCGAUAGAAUAAGUGUUCGAUCAAAAAUAUUCAUGGCGAUUGAUCAUCAUGGUCAAAGUGAAAAGACGACACGAAUUUUAACAGCAGGCAAUUACGUUUUUACAAGUAUAUUUGUAGCUGAAUCUAUACUAAAAAUCGUUGCAAUGACACCAGCUAAAUUUUUAAAAAGUGGAUGGAACGUAUUUGAUUUAUUAAUUGUUUCAGUCAGUCUUAUUGAAUUAGGUCUUGCUAAUGUAAAAGGUUUAAGUGUUUUACGUUCAUUUCGAUUAUUACGCGUAUUUAAAUUGGCUAAAUCCUGGCAAACGCUGAAUCGUCUUAUGUCAAUUAUUGGUAAAUCAAUAGGAGCUUUAGGAAAUUUAACAGUGGUUCUAGUUAUUAUAAUAUUUAUUUUUGCUGUUGUGGGAAUGCAGCUAUUCGGUCAAAAAUAUGAGGACAAAUUCGGUAAAAACAUGCCACGAUGGAAUUUUUUUGAUUUCUUUCAUUCAUUUAUGAUUGUUUUUCGUGUCUUAUGUGGUGAAUGGAUUGAAUCAAUGUGGGUGUGUCUUGAAUGUGCUGGAUGGCCAUGUAUUCCAUUUUUCCUAUUAACAUUUAUCAUUGGUAAUCUUGUGAUAUUAAAUUUAUUUUUGGCACUUUUACUUGCAUCAUUCAGCUCGAAUGUUUUAACUGAAAAAGAAGAGGAAGAAAACAAAAUUGCAGAAGCAAUUGAUCGUAUUCAACGAUUUUAUCAUUUUCUAAUUAAAUUUAUUGUUCAUUUCUUUGAUCGGAAAAAACAACAGACUAAUAUAGAAGAAAACAAUACCAAUGAAAAUUCGCUAACUGCUACACAAAAAUUAAUUAGUACUUUUUCUGUACCGACAUUAUAUGAUUUAGAACAAUUUAAUACUUCAGUAGUUUUAUCUCAUGAUUUAUUAACCACUGAUGAAGAGAUUGCAAUGCAAACAAUCAAUAAGAAUUCGAUAACAUCUCCGUCAACGUGGCAAAGUCUUCACGUGCCGCUAGAUUGUUGUCCCACAAUGAUAUCAAAGCAUUUUUCUUGUUGUUCUAAGUAUGUUCCAAAAGUAAUUCAAGAGCGAUGGACAUAUCUUCGUAGUCAAGCUCAUUGGCUUGUUGAACAUCAAGUUUUUGAAUGGUUGAUUAUUGUUAGUAUAUUAGCUAGCAGUGCAACUUUAGCUUUAGAAGAUGUACAUACACGAAAAAAACCAAAAUUUACCAAAAUUUUAGUCAUACUUGAUAAAUUUUUUACAGUUAUUUUUACAGCUGAAUUAAUAUUGAAAUGGUUUGCAUAUGGAAUCAAGGAUUAUUUUUCGAACGGUUGGAAUCGAUUAGAUUUUGUUAUUGUUGUUGUUAGUGUUCUUGGAACGAGUCUUGAUACGCUUGGUGUAGCUGAUAUUCCAGCAUUUAAAUCAAUGAGAACAUUAAGAGCUUUACGUCCAUUAAAAGCCCUGUCGAGAUUUGAAGGAAUUCGAGUUGUUGUUAAUGCAUUAUUUGGUGCCAUACCAGCCAUUUUUAAUGUUUUACUUGUUUGUCUUGUAUUCUGGUUGAUAUUUUCGAUUAUGGGUGUACAAUUAUUUGGUGGAAGAUUUUAUAAAUGUGUUUAUGUUGGUACACACGAUCGUGUUAAUAUAUCAGAAAAUGUAACGAAUAAAAUUGAUUGUCUAAAUAGAAAUUUUACAUGGGAAAAUUCACGAGUUAAUUUUGACAACGUAUUGAGUGGUUACUUGGCUUUAUUUCAAGUCCUAGGAGUUGAUGAUUCAGUGAACAUAUUUAUGACGGAAGAUCAAAAAAAAUAUUAUAACGCAAUGAAAAAAAUGGGCAAUAAAAAACCUACUAAAGCAUUGCCAAGACCAAGAUUUGCUUUUGCAAGAUUUCUUUUUGAUGUAACAACAAAUCAAAAAUUUGAUAUAGCUAUUAUGAUAUGUAUUUUUCUUAAUAUGCUUUGCAUGUGUCUUGAACAUCAUAAUCAAAGUGAAAGUUUUGACCAUGCUCUUGCAUAUAUCAAUAAUUUUUUCGUUGCAAUAUUUACUAUUGAAUGUGUUAUGAAAUUAGUUGCAUUGAAUUUUAAAUAUUUUAUUAUUUUUUGGAAUAUAUUUGACUUCAUCAUUGUGAUAGCAUCGAUUCUUGGGCAAACACUAGGAGAAAUAAUGGCAAAUUAUUUUGUUAAUCCAACGUUAUUACGUGUUGUGCGUGUUGCACGUGUUGGAAGGGUAUUACGCCUUGUGAAAGGAGCAAAAGGUAUUCGAACAUUACUAUUUGCAUUAGUUGUUUCAAUGCCUGCUUUGUUAAAUAUUGGACUUCUUCUUUUUCUUGUCAUGUUUAUCUAUUCAAUAUUUGGAAUGUCGUUUUUUGCUUAUGUGAGGAAAUCAGCUGGCAUUACAGAUUUAUUUAAUUUCGAAACAUUUCCUAAUUCAAUGAUUGUACUAUUUCAAAUGUGUACAACUGCCGGCUGGUCUGGUGUUUACCAAGCGCUAACAAACGAUCAGCCACCAGAUUGUGAUCCAACUCUAAAUACACCAUCACAUAAAGGAGACUGUGGUGAUACGGCUAUUGCAACACCAUUUGUUGUGACUUAUGUAAUAAUUACUUCUCUCGUUGUGGUAAAUAUGUAUAUUGCUGUAAUAUUAGAAAAUUUUUCUCAAGCCCAAGAAGAUGUGCAACAAGGUUUAACCGAUGAUGAUUAUGAUAUGUAUUAUGAAAAAUGGCAACGUCUAGAUCCGUCAGGCUCACAAUUUAUACGAUACGAUCAAUUAUCGGAGUUUGUUGAUGGUCUUGAACCGCCAUUACGUAUUUCGAAACCAAAUCAUUUAGCACUUGUUGCCAUGGAUUUGCCCAUAUGUGAAAAUGAUCGUAUGCAUUGUGUUGAUAUCCUAGAUGGUCUUACAAAAUACUUUCUUGGUGCACUUCAUGCACAAGUAGCAAAUACUGAAGCUGACGCCACAAUUGAUAUAAAAAAAGAUCGUCCAAAAGACUAUCAUCCCAUAACAACAACAGUACAACGUCAUCGUGAACUUUAUUUAAGUCGAAUCGGUGUAACAGGCUUUCGAAUUAAUGUUGAACGACGUCGAAGUGAACGAAAAAAUCUAACACCAACUCUUGAAAAGACUACAAUUGAUAAACCUUUUGAACCAGACAACGUCAAAUCAUCAACAAUACUAUCGAACGACGUGAAAAAUCAUGAAAAGAAUUUAGCAACGACACCCAUAAUUAAACCAGCAAUAAAUACAAACCGUUUGUUGAUACAUCAAUAA